AGGAGGUGGGCAAUAUAAAUAUCCAAGCCUAAAGAAUGGGAAAUGGAUAGAAUUGAGUGAUAAUUUUAAUAAGUAUUCAACGAAAAUCUCAAUAUAAUUUUAGCGAGAAUAGGUUUACCUAUGUUGGCGAAUAUAAAGAUGGAAAAAAAAUUGGUCUAUGGGAUUUUUUUUAUUGGAAAGUGUUAAUGUAACAAAAAUAAGUUAUUAUUACAAUUUAAAGUGGCUGUGGUUUAUAUGAUGAAUAAAAUUUGUAAAAUGGUAAAUGGAUUGAAUUAAGUGAUAACUUUGCUUAGUAUUGUUUUAAAUUUUAAUUGAAUAGCGAAAGCGAAGUUAUUUUUAUAGGGAAUUAUUAAAAAGGAAAAAAAAUAUCUAAAUGGGACAUUUAAUUUCGAUAUUAUGAUAAUUUUUAAUCGAUGUAAAUUAAUCUUCUAUAAUUAUUAGUGGUGGAGGAUCAUAUAAUGAGGAUAAUUUAAAAGAUGGGGAAUGGAUUGAAUUGAGUGAUAAUUUCCAUAAGUAUUGAUAUUAAUAUAUUAUUAUUAUUAGUUUUAGUUAGGUGUUGUGGCAUGGAAAAUAUAAUAUAGGUCAAAAAGUUGAUAGAUGGAAUUGUUUUUACGAAGGAGAAUUGAUGUAUCUAUAUUUAUAAUAAUAAAAAAUUUAGAGGCAGUGGAUUUUAUGAUGAUUUGAAUUUAAAAAAUGGAAAAUGGAUUGAACCAAGCGAUAACUUCUAAUAGUACAAAAUAAUUAUUCAUUACUUUAAUUAUUAGUUAUAGAUAAAUAAAAUUCGAAGGAUGGUAUAAAAACGGGAAAAAAAUUGGUAAAUGGGAUCUUUAUUGGUAGGGAGAAGGAAAAAAUUAAGAUUUCGAAUUAAUGUAAGUUAGAAUAAUGAUACAUUUAUUAUAGAGGGGGAGGAUAUUAUAAUGAAUAAUCUAUAAAGAUUGGAAUAUGGAUUGAGAUUAGUGACGAUUUUUAAAAGUAGUUAUUUUGAUUAUUGCUUUUUAGACUAAAACAAGUAGUUUAUAAGGGUGAAUAUUAGAAUGGCAAAAAAGUUUAAAUAUGGAAAAUCUAAUGGAGAGAUUAAACGUAGAACCAAUUUAUUGCUAUGUUAUAUUGAUAAUCAUAUUAUAGAGGAGGAGGAUAAUAUAACAAGAAAGGCAUGAAAAUAGGAAAAUGGAUUGAACUAAGUGACUAGUUUUAAAUGUAGAAAAUUUAAUUACUAUAAUUUAUAUUCAAAGUGGUAGCCGUAUUUUUUUUCUUGGAUAAUAUAAGAAUUGUCUGAAAGUAGGGAAUUGGGAAAUUCAUUAUCAAGAUUUUGAAGAUAAUUAUUAGUUAAUGUAUAAAAAUAAUUUAUUAAUAGUGGUGGAGGGUUUUAUGAUGAUGAAACAAAUUUAAAAAAUGGAAUUUGGAUUGAGCAAGAUGACAAUUUUUGGAAGUUUUAAUUUUAAUUUAAUUUAUUUUAGUGGAAAUUAUUAAAUUUGGAUUGGUAAGUAUAAAAAUGCUUAAAAAAUUGGUGAUUGGAUCAAAAUGAAAAGAAAUGAAUCAAUAAAAAAUCAAGACUUUUAAAGAGUGUAAUAUAUAUGUAAUUCUAGUGGAGAAUACUAGUUUAAUAUUUGA